CAAACUCCAGCUCCAAUCCGCGACCAAGACCGACCUGCAGCUCUGUCCAGCCGAGCUCGCAGCUCCUCCGCGCUUCCCAGCUCACUCACGCCAGCGACCAGCUCGUCAUCCUCAGCAACCGCCGCCCAGUCGCGCUCAGCCUAUUUCCAAGCUCGGUUCCAGCUCCUCCUCGCGCGUAGAUCUGCAACCACCAUAGUCCAAGCUCGAAGCUCGCGUCACAGGCCCGAAAUCGCGACCCUAUCAGCUCCUUCCACACCCGACGACCUAAGCAGCUCUGUCCUCAUGCCAUCCUCGCCAGGAACCUGUAAAAAUCGAGCUCACAACCGCUGCAGCCCGCAGCUCCCGCACCAGCUUCAUUUUUCCGGCAAUUUUCGCACCACCUUGCUCCUCCAAGCUCGAAUCACCCCGAUUCCAGCACCGCCCCCGCCGGCCGCGCCAGUGCGCGAUCAGGCCUUUUCAGUUUCUCAGUUCCGCGGGUACCACCCUGCGACGUUCAAGGGGCAGGGAGACCCGAGGCUUGUCGACGAGUGGCUGCGCAGCCUUGACAUGAUUUUUGAGGUGAUGGACUGCCCCGAGCCUCACAGGAUCAUGUGUGCACAGCUACAAAUGAUAGGGGAUGCAGGUCUCUGGUGGCAUUCGUACUGGGAGAUGCGACUCGGGGAGAAGCUGGCCCUCACUUGGGCUGGUCUGAAGGCGCUCCUCCGGGAGAAGUAUUACCCGGCCCACUACAGAGAGAGGAUGGAGAGGCAGUUCUUAGCACUGGAGCAGGGUGCUAGGACUGUCGAUGAGUAUGAGAGGGACUUCACUCGCCUCGGCUUCUUCGUGCCGUACUUGAUUGAUACAGAGGAGACGAGGGCGAGGCGCUUCAAGGGCGGUCUUCGCGGGGAGAUUCGCCACCAUCUCGCGGGCCUUGGCGCCCUGACUAAUGUUGAGACCGUUUCUAGGGCUCAGCAGAUUGAUGAGAGUCUCCGACUGGAGGCCAUCUGUACUCGCGCCGCCCGUCAGCAAGCUCACCAGCCACCGGCUCAGCAGCCUGUACUGCCGCCACCACAGCAGGCCCCACUUCAGCCAGCGCAGCGGCAGCACAAGAGGAGAGGCAGAGGCCGCCACGACAUGAGGGUCAGACCGAGGGGCCCAACCCCAGCUCCGCCUGCUCAGCCACUUCAGCAG